CAACAAGCGGGCCAAGGGUCAUUACACGGAGGGAGCUGAGCUCAUUGAUUCUGUUCUUGAUGUUUUUAGGAAAGAGGAUGAGAAUUGUGAUUGCUUGCAAGGGAAAGAUAAAGUCAAUUGGUUAUACUAGCAAGAUGAAGUCAAUUAAAGUACUUGUAUUUAUAUUCAUAUUAUAAAGUCAUAUAAAGUAGGCUCUUCCUCUGCAUUUUUCUUGAAAUACCUGUAUUGAUGCAUAUAUCCGAGCAUGGGUUUGGGGAUAAGACCCCCCCAAAUACAUGUAAAAUUUGGAAAUAUUGAACAUACUUGCGUCAGAGGCAUACUCAUAUCAAAACUUCAAAAUGGCGUGGGUUUGGUGAUUGUGCUUCAUGUGUUGGUAAGUACAUUGAAUAUUUUUAGCUUGACUGUUGAAGCUACACUGGUUAUUUUAUUGAAGACAUCUUCCUGAUGCUUUGUGUUUUUGCAAAUGGUGCUAAAAGCUGGUGGAUCUUUUUCCAUGAAGAGGAACUGAGGUAUCAACUAUCUGCAGUUGUGAAACAUUUCGGAUUCAGACCUACUUUUGGACGCUAUGUUUGCUACAUUCGAUCCUCUCCUAAUAUGUGGCAUAAGAUGAAUGAUUUAAGGGUUACGUGUGUUGAAGAAGAAGCUGUUGAUACCAAAGUCUGUUCUAGAUGACAUAGACUUUACCUCCAAUCUUGAGGUGGAAAAGAGUGCCAAUUGCAGCGCCAAUGAAACUAAAGAUGUUGCUGAUAGAGCUUCAACUCAAUUCUCUUGCGAUGUGUAUAGUCAUAGGCAGGUUCAACUAGUCAGUCUGUUUCUCACAUGUAUUAUUUAUUUUAGUUUUA